AUGAAGCUGUUCGUGGACGGCGCCGUGUUCGACUACGACGGUGCAGGGCGUGGGUGGCAGCAGAUCGUCAAGUGGGUCAACCGACACUUAGAGAGGGAUCAUGUGCUGAAAUCCGUGGAGGAGUCGGAAACCUACUUGCACGACAACGAGCUGACCGUCAUUGGCCUCUUUCCUGACGGCCACGACAGCAGCGUCUUCGUGAAGGCCGCGCGGCACUAUGAAGACGUGGUGUUUGCAGAGGCCAGGGGGAACGACAUCGCUGCCCAGAUCGGUGAGCACCUUGGCAGGCAUGCCGCCCUCCUGUGCGAGACCAUCACUGUCGGGCAGAGUGAGUCCGCCACCAAGCAGGUGGACCUACCCCGUGCUGACCUUCACUGCCAGGAUACUCCAAGGAAUCCCCAGCGGCCUGACUGGGGGGAUACCUUCAGCGUCAGCGUGGAAGGUAAAAGGCUGACAGUUAAGCGGACAGAUCAGUCUGCUGGGUGGGGACAGCGGGUGCAGAUCAAGUGCUGCGAUGACGAGAAGAAGGCGGAGAAGGAGCAUCCCAAGUUUGCGGUGCCAUCGGUGGUCAUGUUCUUCCCCCAUGACGAGCGCUACGCCGUGUACGACGGCGACCUUGCGGACAGCCAAUCCCUGGAUAGGUGGGUCACUGCGAGGCGCACGCCAACGGUCAUGCGUAUGGACCAGGAGACUGCCGAGAAGCUCUUCUCUGCGAAUCCGGAGAACGUGCCAGUGCUCUUCCUGAUCACUUCAAACAGCGACACAAGCGAAGAGAAGGUCUUCCGGGAGGCUGCCGUCAAGUUGCGAGGCAGGGUGCAUUGCUGCCUGUCGGGCCUGAACUCGCCGAUGGAGCGGCGAACUGCCGAGAUGGCUGGCGUGGAGGGUGCCGGGCCUGUGAUCACCCUGGUGGAGACCCACUCUGGGACUGGCCCUACUGGCCAAUACCACGCCGCGCGGAAGUUCCGCCUGCCGCUGGAAGGCCUCAGUGCCGACAAGAUCGUCAGCUUCGUGUCCGACUACGAAGGCAACAGGUUGGAGCCAUGGCUCAAGAGUGAGCCCGAGCCCUCGGCCGAGGAUCUCAAAAUCGGAGGCCCAGUGGGGGUGCUGGUGGGCACGAAUUUUCGCAAGACCGUCGAGGACGAGACGAAGGAUGUCUUGGUGGACUUCUACGCACCCUGGUGCGGCCACUGCCGAAAAUUCGAGCCGCUCUACAAAGAGCUUGCGAAGAAGCUGCGGCACGUGAAGUCCCUCAAGAUCAUGAAGAUCGAUGCCACCCGCAAUGAGGUGGAGAGCCUGCAGAUCAUGGGCUUCCCUACCAUUCUGCUGUUCCCUGCCGGGGCGUCGCCCAAGCGGCACGCCAUGUAUCAGGGCUCAAGGCAGCCGGAUGACAUGAUCCAGUGGCUUCACCAGGAGUGCUCCAUCAAGUUUGACGACAGACCGCCUCCGCCCAAAGAGGGUGAGGACCCUGUGGAGAGCGGUCUGCUGGAUCCGGACGAGGAGGACCUCUGA